AUGUCACCAAGGCCAGAUGACAAGCAUAAGGACAAGCUGAUUCACUUGUCUCGCUUCCCUCAGAUUGUGGCGGAGCGGUUAGCCUUCUUCUUCCAGUCCCUGGAGAGGAUCCAGGAGCCGGGUGACGGAACCCAGGCAGAAGAGACUGACAA